ACAAAAAUCUCCAUUAAUAUAUAUAGCCAUGGCUACAGAUACUAUUCCGGCACGGGAAGAUGAUCGGAAUAUCCGCCGGAAAUUCGGACGGUCAAUGAGAACGAAGUGCCCGGCGCCGUUCUUGUUGAAAACUUAUGAUCUUUUGGAGGAGCAAAAAGAAGAGAAUAUUAAUAAGGUUAUUUCAUGGAAUGGUGAGGGAAAUGGUUUUGUUGUUUGGUGUCCAGCUGAAUUUUCUGAGCAUAUGUUACCAAGAUAUUUCAAGCACAACAAUUUCUCCAGUUUCAUACGACAACUCAAUACCUAUGGAUUCAAGAAAGUAGCAUCAAAACGCUGGGAAUUUCAGCAUGACAAGUUCAAGAAAGGAUGCAGGCAAUUGUUAGAAGAAAUAACGAGGAAGAAAUGUGAGCCAAGUGCAUUUCCUACAUACUUAAAGCCUACUGAAAGGAAUACAUUUGCUAAAGAAGAAGAGAAUAUAACAAGGCAGCUGCUCAUAGAAGAGAACAAAAACCUAAGAAAAGAAAGGUUAGAAUUGCAAAUGCAGAUUGCUCAUUUCAAAACAGUGGAAAUGAAGUUGUUGAAAUGCCUUUCUCAAUGUGUGGAGAACUCACAAAAUAAAAUUAGAAGACUGUUUUAGACCCCGCAGGAGCUUUGUG